AUGGGAUGGAUCGGCUCUGGCACAGUUCAUCCUGUUUCCGCAGAGCCUAUCAGCACAUUCGGUGCCAACAGUCGGCAGGACCAGCGAUACCGCGUACACGCUGGCGAAUUCGGGAAGCUAGCCGGGAUACCGCUGUCGCCAUUGGCGGUACAGGUCAUCGAACGUCGGAUGAGAGUUUGCGAAUCGCGAGAAACUCCACGCCUCUCUCCAUCUUGCACACCAAGACAACAAAAUGAAGAUCCUGUGACUUCCGUUGGACUAGGUGUACGAACUUCUGUAUCAGUGAUCAUUCCCUGUAACAUGAGCCAUGAGCUGGGUAUUUCACUGUUGCCUGGCGAUGUCCAAAAAGAGUCUGUACGGCGUGAAAAUUCUCACUUGAUGAUCCUUCGCCCGACAACGAAAGCCUCCAGCUCCUCUUCGAUCCUCUCACAUCGAGAAUGGCAGGUGCCUGGCGAUGAGAAGUCCACGACGGGUGUGCGGCGGCGUCGGUGA